UGCCAAUCAGCUGUUUCUUCGCCCAGCUGACUCAACUUCAGUAAUACACAAGUUGCGGACGCAAAACUUUAAAGUACUUAGAAUAUUAACAAAAAAAUAAUGUUGCGGUCACUUGGGGUAGCGGAAAAAUGCUGGAGCUUCAUGCAAGGCAGAAACCUCAUGAAGGUGUCCGGUAAACAGGCGCCCAACGCCUGGAUAACCUCUAGGCGCCACUAUUCACCUGCUAUUCAUAUUCAUCGAUCGACGGUGGCCAAUGAAUCUGGAACAAUGGCCGAAGUCAAACAGGGCAUGAUGAAGCGCCUGGGACUAGAACCUGGCUACAACCCUCAGCCCAAAUCCAGGGAGCAUCUUUUAAAAUACCAACCCAAGCUGGAGGACUUGCCGCCACGAGCCAUGCUGGAUUCAUUUACCUCGGCAACUAUUCCCUUGAGUACGGAUCCGACGCUGCAGGACAAGUAUGUCAGCUACCAGGGAAAUGUACGCAUGGGAAGGCUCCUCGAGGAUAUGGAUCUUUUCGCUGCUUGGUGCUGUCACAAGCAUUUGAAGCUGCCCAAUCUGCCGGAGGGUGUACAUCUGCCCUACACCUUUGUGACGAUUCUAGUAGACCGUAUUGAUUUCACAAACGUCCUUGCCGAUGGCACAAAAGACAUUCGGCUAUCUGGCCAUGUCUCGUGGGUUGGCACGAGCUCCAUCGAGGUGGUGGUCUGGCUGGAGCAGAUUGUUGGCGGAAAGUACGAAAAACUAACCCGAGCUUUGUUUUUGAUGGCCGCCAGGAAUGCCACCAAUACCUCGGCGGCGCCAGUGAAUCCCAUUAAUCCAGCCAAUGAGGAGGAGAAAGAGAUCCUGGCGGGCGGAGCAGACAGGAAGAAACGGCGGCAGACACUUAUGGCUCAAUCAAUUUUCAAAGUCGAGCCCAACGACCCGGAACAAACUCUGAUGUACGAACUGUACCAGAGGACCACGCCAGCCAACACUUUGCAGCUCAACAAGCGCAUCCUGCCACCCAACUGCCGAUGGAUGGCGAACUCCUUUCAGAUGAGCACCAUUCCUUCAUUUCCGGAGCACAGGAAUCACCACAAUCGAGUGUUUGGCGGCUUUUUAAUGCGCAGCGCCCUGGAGAUAAGCUGGGCAGCUGCAUUCCUCUACUGCAAAUCCCGUCCCAAACUAGAGCAUAUCUCGGACAUUAGUUUCGAGAAGCCGGUGAGCGUGGACAGUUUCAUCAAGAUGACAGCCUACGUGGUGUACACCAAGAAAAACUAUGUCCAAAUAAUGACCGUGGCUGAUGUUCUGGACCCCCAUACGGACAGCCAGGUGACGACCAACACCUUCUACUACACCUUCUCCUGCAAUGAGGAUGUCACUGAGGUUCUGCCACGUUCCUACCACGAGACCAUGUGGUACAUCCAGGGUCGCCGCAAGUUCGAGGCCUGCAGAGCUCCCCAAUAAAUGAAAUAAAAUGCGUUUAAUACGAGGCUAUAUGAUAAUGAUAUUACCAGUUUUCUGAACUCGUGUGUCAGAUACUUUUAUAGAUAUUUCAACUAUAACAAAUGAAGAUUAAAACUAAAACUAACUUAAAUGGCCAAUGAUUCUAACUGUUGUUUAAAGCUUCGAUGAGAGAUUAAUAAAACUACCUAUUCUGUA